AUGAACAUGAUGAAGAUGAUGAGGAUACUGAAUCCAAGAUCCAGUUGGGCCCUCAAUGAUGAUGAGAGUUUGAGGAGGUGGAAAGAACAGCUUCUGGGGAGUGUGGAUAUCAAUGCUGUUGGAGAAACACUCGAUCCGGAUGUGAAAUUCUUGAGCCUUGCAAUAAAAUCUCCCGGGAGAAAUGACAUAUUGUUGUCAGUCCCAGAGGUUGGAAAUCCUAAAAGCCCGUGGUUUACUUUGAAAGAGGGAAGCAAAUAUAGCCUCGAGUUUACUUUCCAGGUCAAUAACAACAUUGUAUCGGGCCUCAAGUACAAGAACAAUGUCUGGAAAACCGGCAUUAAAGUGGACAGCACGAAAGAGAUGAUUGGGACAUUCAGUCCUCAGCCAGAACCUUAUAAGCACGAGAUGCCCGAAGAGACUACUCCGUCUGGCAUGUUUGCAAGGGGUUCGUAUUCGGCAAGAACACAGUUUGUUGACGAUGAUAACAGAUGCUACUUGGAAUUAAACUAUACAUUUGAGAUCAAGAAAGAGUGGCAGCUGACAUAA